AACAAAAACCCGUCUUCUGUCUUAUACAAAUAACUGCAUUUAUUUAACCCAUGUAAGCAAAUUUGCUGUGGAGUUUAUAUUUCUUACACUGCUAUAGUACUCACCUUAUUGUAGCAAGGGUCCUUGCUGUAUGGUCAGACAAUGCUUGUGCCUCCACCACCGGCUCGCCCGCCUGUACUAGGGUGACCCUACCAUGUAAAUAAUGCAUCUGAUAGUUUUGAACUUUAGUGAAGUACUACUUCGUAACGUCAAAGAGUGCGCAGUAUCUGGCAGACUAGGAAAAUGCAAAAUUGAAGUUUUGUUUUCACGAUGGGAGCAAGGUGGAUACAUGGAUGAAAAGAUCUGAUCAAGAUGUCCUCUCCAAGAAGAUCGACUAAUUAUGACAAUCACCCCAUGGGAUGGGUGAUAAUAGGAGCUUCAUUUAUCACAAAUGUUAUUUUAAUGGGUAACGUGAAAGCAUUGGGAGUUCUCCUCAUUGCUAUAGAGGCUGACUUCAGUAGUCAUCUGUGGCUGAUUGGAUGGAUUGCAACGUUGCACAGUAUGCUCAAAAACGUUUUAGGCCCACUCAUCACAGUCCUUAUUCGGAUCCUUGGGAGCCGUUUCGUCUUCAUCUCUGGGGGCAUUUUUGGAGGUAUUGGACUAACCUUAGCAUCUCAGUCAACCAGUGUCGUGCAACUUGCCAUUUGCCUUGUUCUGGUGUCAGGUGUCGGAACAGCAUUCAGUGGGUUUUGUGCCUUUGCUUUAAUGGCAUCAUAUUUCGAGGAACGGUACUCGGUAGCUAAUGCUAUAUCAACAGCGGGCUUUCCCAUCGGUAUGGUAGUGGUCGGUCCUGUUACCCAGAUCCUACUAGACACAUAUGGUUGGCGAGGAGUUGUUCUUUUGUUGGGAGGGCUUUCCUUCAAUCUUGUAGCCUUCGGAGCAUUGGUGACAACGAAUAUUGUACCAUCAAGUUCUAAAAGAUACAAAGAGGUUGCCAUAAGUGAUAAGGAUGAGGCUAGCCGUAAGAAGACUGAAGAGGAAGUGCCUACAGAUUCUGGCUCUAUUAUCGAACUCUCAACUAAAGACGAUGAGAGAAAACAGGAUACUACAAGCCAUCCUGACUUCCUUUCCUGCCAGAAAUUUUCUACCAUGAUGGAUUUUUCAGUUUUGGCAAAUCCUAGAUUUAUUUUAGUGACAUUGGCACGAUGCUGUUCUGAGCUUUGUUAUACCUGCUGGGUGGUGUUCAUGGUAUCUCAUGGUCAGUUUCAGGGAUUGAGUUACGUGCAUUCGUCUUUACUCCCCACAGCAUUUGGAGCUGGAAAUGUUCUAGGCAAGUUAGUGGUUCCGCUAGUAGAGAAGAAUGGCUUCAAUCCAGCCUCGCUACGUUUGGCGUUCUUUGUGUGUAGUCUCUUGGGUGUUUCAUUUACUCUUACUGCUUUGGUUAACUCAUUUGCUGGCCAGAUGGUAUCUUCAGCUAGCAUAGGAUUUGGUUUCGGUGUUUUCUUUCAAGCGAAUGAUUCUUUAACUAAGACACUUGCAGAUGACGAUCGGAUCAUUAAUAUUCUGGGAUGGCGAGUGUUGUUCGGUGGUUUCGCGGGAAUCUUCGGCGGAUUACUUGGAGGUUGGCUGUAUGAAUGGACAGGAAGUUUUCAAAUCACGCUGUUUGCAUUUGCUGGUUUGACACUUCUGCCGAUACCACUGUAUUGUAUUGACUCUAUGUAUGCAAAGAAGAAAAACUCUUAGGAUGGUUGUUUAGAUUUCAAACCACCAUGGAACGACAUAUUGUCCCACGGAGCUCUGUUCGCCGGAGAUUCGGCCCAAAAUGGGAUUCAAAAUGGGAUAUUAACCCAUUUUGCGUUGUUUAUAGAUUCAUUGCCCCUUUGACUUGUUGUUGUUGUGUAGGUUUUAUUCCUUUUAACAAAAUAUAUUUGCCUGUUAAAUUUUCUAAAUUUCUUGUUUAAUCUUGUUAUUUAUUUGUAUUCCAUUGUACAUUGUAAUAACCGUGCAAUUCAGCGUCCAGCUGCGAAUUGGUCUAAUAUGAGUACAUGAUUUAUAAGAUGGGCUGGAGGAGCACGAUUCAAAAGAGUGCGCUCUCUGAGGGCGCUAUAUAGGAAGAACCACCGGGGAAGAGGUGGUGGGAGGGGGGAUGCACAGAGUAUCCCCUGCCGGUACGAGACAAAGCAACUGUUCUGAACUGUUGAGAAUUAAUGUCAAAUACAUCCUUGAGUGGCUGUACACAAAUAUGUUAUGAUGCAUCCUUUAGUGGAAGUCAGUUUUAGCGACUGGCUAAUUGUGUAUUGGCAAAUGAAACGUAUGAUUUUCUAUAGUAUCUGAUUUUUAAUGAGAUCUGAUGUACAAUCUGAUGCCCUAUGUCGGCCUACUGACACUAUUGGUAUUAAAGACCAGUCUUCACACUGGGUGUAUCUCAACAAAUUCAUAAAAUAACAAA